CUGAAUCUACACUUGGAACGUCUCCAGUUUGGCGGAGGGGACACUGAAGCUGAAGACCAGAUUAUCCAAAGUCUAAAUGGAAUACUUCAAGCUCUGACUGAAGACAGCCACAGAGCCACUGCCUCUCUUCUGGCUGAGUGUGAAGUUUUGCAGGCUUUUGCCAGACUUCUGCAAAGCAGUCCACUUUCUGCAGUAAAGGCAGCGCAGGUGCUGGCAGAGAUAGCUAAAAAUGAGGAAAUGAAGACUGCCUGCAUAGAUGCCGGCUUGGUGCCGGUCUUGGUUCCACUGCUGGACAGCACCAAUGAAGAGAUGCUGCUUCAUGCAGGGAGGGCCAUGGGUCGCAUCUGCUAUGACAACAAUGACCUCCAGGAACAGCUGGUGGAGGCCAAAGUGAUACCAUCCCUGGUCAGGAUAAUGGCAGACUAUCCAGACAAUGAACCUCUUGUCCGUGUCGCUUUGCUUGCCUUAUCCAACCUUGCAGAUCUAGAUUCUGCUAAGGAGGCGCUUAGCAAGACAAAAGUUGCAGAACUCUUGGUCUAUCAACUGCGAAGCACAACCCACCAUGAAAAAGUAGAAAUUAUCCUUGAAGUUCUACAGACCCUAGCAGAGAAUGAUGCUCUAAAACUGCAGUUGACUGAAGCUGGUAUCCAGGAGGCUGUGGUGGAAAUUUUGCAGCGGCUCCAGGACAGUUCCAAGCCAGAAGACAUGUGUGGCUUAAAAGCCGCUUCAGAUCUGAUUGUGUCAUUGCUACUUGGAGAUGAAUCAAUGCAGCAGCUGUUUGCUGACGGACAUGGCAUUAUCUUCCAGAGUGCUCGUGCAUGGCUCACCUCCAAACACACCCAGUUACAGCUGACGGGAGCGCUAGUCAUUGCGAAUUUUGCCAGGAAUGACAUCAACUGUGUUCGGAUGGUGCAGCUGGGAGUGGUGCAUCAGCUUCUGGACCUUUUGGAGAAACACGUGGAAAAUGGAGAUGUCUCUGUGCAACAUGCGGCUCUUAGUGCACUCAGAAACCUUGCUAUACCAGUGGCUAACAAGGUUCAGAUGCUGGAUGAAGGGGUCGGCAAACGGAUCCAGAUGCUUUUGAGGUCAGAGAUGCCUCCUGUGCAAUUUAAACUUCUCGGAACACUGCGGAUGCUGAUGGAUGGCCAAGCUGAUGCGGCGCAGGAACUGGGCCAAGAGCACUUGCUGCUGAGCAGGCUGGUGCACUGGUGUGAUUCAAAAGACCAUGCCGGCGUCUGCGGAGAAGCAAACCGACUCUUGGCAUCGCUCAUACGCCACAGUCGCUCUGAAAAAGUCAUCAGAGCUGUUCAUGAGGCCCAGGCAGUGAAGUACUUGGCAUCCAUGGCAACCAGCGAGCACGUCAUAAUGCAGAAUGAAGCACUGAUCGCAUUGGCUAUCUCUUCUGCAAUCAAUUUAGAAAUCAUCAAAGAGGCCUUUAAAGAGGCAAGGCUAGUUCAGAACAUACACAAACUUCUCCAGGAUGAGAACACUGGUCCAGAGGUGAAAUAUAAUGCAAUAGGCUUGUUGUGCAGUCUCUUAAAUUCAGAUGAACUAAGACAAGAAGCUGAGGAGGACAAGAUGAAAGAGACCCUUGAGAAACUCUGCGGCCACACCAACAGUAACGUGGCCAAGCAGGCAUUGAUGGCAUCUCAGAUACUGAACAAAGGGCAGUAA